AUGAUGGAUGUCAAAGGCUAUACAAAGUACAAGUAUUCUUACACCAGUGACAAAAAGUUUGUUAGAUACGGAAAUGUUAGUCUUGAAUAUGGAGAUGAUGGCUCUCUUACACUCGAUGAUAUAACCGGGGAUCUUUCUGCAUAUUACUGGGACCAAGAUAAAGAGCAUAGAAAGAAACCUCUACUUAUGGAAGUAACUCUUGGAGGAGAGUUUAGAGGUAUGAAAGCUUAUUAUAGUAAUAAAGGGGAACAAAAUAACGGAAAAUGGAGAUCAAUAGUACCUAAACAUCUUGAUGUGGAAAAUGGCUUGAGGUUUCCUCCUGAUGAGCUAGAGGAACAGCUUCACGAGCUAAAGUGUCAACUUUUAAAUCCAGUGGUCAUAGAUAUUACUAAACCUAUUGGAAGGUAUAAGAAUACAUGCUACGAGGGUAAAAACUGCGGAAAUGAGAGUUGUACUGAGAAUGUAACGGUUGAUGAUUACCGCGAUUCUCAAUAUGAAGAAAUCGACUUGGAAAAAUAUACUGCUUGGAAACACACCUAUAGAGGAAAGAACUUUACAAUCGCAGGUUUCAAAACUGAUCCUUCCGAAGGUAACACUCCAUUAGGACUUACAAUAUUGGAUGUUAAGGAGGUAUUGGUCUUAUUUGAAAAGUCUGAGAAAGGGCCCCCUGGAGCUACCAGUAAACCUCUUAUAGCUUAUAUUAAGACUGGGAGUGGGAAUAUUUACGGGUGGUCCAAGAACUUUGAUCAGAAUGGCAAGUGGGCAGAAGAAAAGAUACUCAAAGGUAUAAAACUACAUGCCAAAACCGAACAGGAUGAAGAGAAAGAAGCCUAUUUUGAUGAGGGAGAGGACGGGGAAAAGGGUGAAUCUGGUACUACUGGAUCUGUUACUAAGGCGGCGGGAGAGAAAAAGGAAGCCAGUGAUGUUAAACCUGCUGAAUCUGAUAGUGCUAAUCAUCUUGCCCCUGAACAAGCUAGCGGCGAUGUUCCUAUUUCUGGUGUUACUUCAAAUGGAGCUGGAGAAGACAGUGUUCUAAAACUUGAAACUGCUGAUCCUCCACCCAGUGUCAAGGAAGAGGUUAUUCUCCACGUAUAA